AUGUCCGUGGCCAGUGACUUUGGAAACCCUUUAAGGAAAUUCAAACUCGUCUUUUUAGGAGAACAGAGUGUGGGCAAGACAUCGCUGAUCACUCGCUUCAUGUACGACAGCUUCGACAACACGUACCAGGCGACGAUCGGAAUCGACUUCCUUUCCAAAACCAUGUACCUGGAGGACCGGACGGUGAGGCUGCAGCUGUGGGACACGGCGGGACAAGAACGCUUCAGGAGCCUCAUCCCCAGCUACAUUCGCGACUCCACGGUGGCCGUGGUCGUCUACGACAUCACCAACUUGAAUUCCUUCCAGCAGACGUCCAAAUGGAUUGACGACGUGAGGACGGAGAGAGGAAGUGAUGUCAUCAUCAUGCUGGUGGGCAACAAAACAGACCUGGGGGACAAGAGGCAAAUCAGCAUAGAGGAAGGUGAGCAGCAGGCAAAAGAGCUCGGCGUCAUGUUCAUCGAGACCAGCGCCAAGACGGGUCACAAUGUCAAGCAGCUCUUCCGCCGCGUGGCUUCUGCUCUUCCCGGUAUGGAGAACGCGCAGGAGGCCAGCAAAGAAGGCAUGAUCGACAUCAAGUUGGACAAACCACAAGAGUCGCAGACGAGCGAAGCCGGCUGCUCUUGUUAA